AGAGAAAUGUAGCAGCAAGCCCUGGUUUGAUUGACAGGGUGGAGGACCAUUGAAAAUCUUGCAGGGUAGCUGCUAGGUUUGUGUGAAGCUCCUUUUAAAAAUCCUUCCUCAAUCCUCUCCCCCCAGUAGAUGGCAGCUUCGCUGGACCCUGAGACAACUUGGGAACAAGGCAGGAGAGCAGAGGGAAGGGGGAGGCAGGGACGGCAAAGUGCUCCGACUCCUGCUCUGAAGUCAGCACUCCGCCGUCUCAACCCCUUUCGCUCCGAAUCCGGUUUCUGGCUACACUCCGGAGUGAGACUUUACACCCGCCGCGUGACCGUUUCCACCGAAGAGCUCCUAGGACAAGAUUCGAAAGGUGUAUGCCGCCAUGCAGCACUAUGGAGUGAACGGUUACUCUCUUCACGCCAUGAAUUCUCUGAGUGCCAUGUACAACCUUCACCAGCAGGCAGCGCAACAAGCCCAGCACGCCCCUGACUACAGACCCUCGGUGCACGCCCUCACGCUGGCAGAGAGACUGGCUGGCUGUACAUUUCAAGACAUCAUUUUGGAGGCCCGUUAUGGAUCCCAGCAUCGCAAACAGAGGAGAAGCCGCACAGCCUUCACCGCCCAACAACUGGAAGCCCUGGAGAAGACUUUCCAGAAGACUCACUAUCCAGAUGUGGUGAUGCGGGAACGACUGGCCAUGUGCACCAACCUACCGGAAGCCAGAGUACAGGUUUGGUUUAAGAACCGAAGAGCCAAAUUCCGGAAGAAACAGCGCAGCCUCCAGAAGGAGCAGCUGCAGAAGCAAAAGGACUCCGAAGGGAGCCACAGCGAGGGGAAGACAGACGCGCUUGUGCUGGAAAGCCAGACUUCCGCCCCGGAUACAGACAAGCCACAGAGCCAGCCGAGCGAAGUGAGCACGGAGCUCAGCCUCACCUUGUCGGAGCAGUCGGCCAGCGAGUCCGCAGCAGAGGACCAGACGGACAGAGAGGAGGACUUUAAGAACCCCUUGGAGGAGUCCAAAGCGGACAAAGGUCCCGGCGCGGAGAGCAAGGCUCUGAACUGCAAGAGAGCCAGUCCGAAAGCAGACUCUCCCAUCAGUGCCACGGUGACGCCUUCCUCCAGCAGCGGCAUGUCUCAGACUCACUCCUACUCCUCCUCGCCUCUGAGCCUCUUCCGUCUCCAGGAGCAAUUUCGCCAGCACAUGGCCGCCACUAACAACUUGGUCCAUUACUCCUCCUUUGAAAUGGGGACCCCAACUGCCAUGCCCUACUUGGGCAUGAAUGUCAACAUGGCGCCCCUCAGCUCUCUCCACUGUCAGUCGUAUUACCAGUCACUCUCCCAUGCCCAGCAGGUCUGGUCUUCACCCAUCUUGCAGGCGUCUAGCUCCCUCCCUACCCUGAACAGUAAAACGACAAGUAUUGAGAAUCUAAGGCUCCGGGCAAAGCAGCACGCUGCCUCCCUCGGACUCGACACCUUACCAAACUGACCGCAAGGCAGCAGGGGCACCCCCACCCUACUGUCGGCUGCAAGAGAAGGCACCUUCCGCUGGCACUAAACGUGUGGCUCUUUUGUAAAUGCACAGCUCUCCUCUCCACCUAGAUCAAGGUGCUCCCUUUCGGGGGAUUCUUUAAAUCCUUUACUUCUUCACUAGCUCCAUGUUCACGUCAGGUACUGCUACUGGCCCCACUUCCACUGAAGUAUUAAAUAAGGAAGGAAAGAGGGCAUGUACUUAGAUGUUAAACACUCCUGAGGACCGAGGAGUUAAAACUGUAAUGUCCAGAAAGAUCCCUCUUUCGUUGAUACUGUGAUAAUGUGCCGACUGUGAUUUUUGUUUUGUUUUGUUCUCUGGAAAACCUAGUCCCCCGCCCCAGUUUCGUACUGUAUAUAGAUUCUAUUGUUGAGAACAUCCUUCACUUGUGUGUUGCUGUCUGUGUUGCCUUAUGCAGAAUUAUGGAGCAUUUUGCUCUCUUUCCUCCCUCCCCCUUUCUUUCAGAUUUAUACUUGUAGUAGCUAGAAUCAAAAUUACAAUCCAAACCCCCCCCCCCCGCAAGCUCUGAGCGGGAGGUGCUUCUUUGGCCAGAGUUCUGAAUGAGUCUAGCAAGAGGAAUUCAGAGAAAAGAUUCUGAAUGCCAUUAUCAUAUCUUCUCCAGUUCUCCGUGAAAACCAAUCCUGCAAACGCCAGGGAAUGAUGUAAAGGGUUGGUUCCUGUUAAAGCACUUCCCGUCAGUAGGAACUUUUUUUUUUUUUUAAGCACUUCUUUGAAGACAGAGGACAAAGAAUUUGCCACCGGGCUCUGCUGGUUAGAGAGCGAGGAAAAAUGAAAGCACUAGAUUUUGUUAAAUUCACAAGACUUUUACUGAGAUUGCUGCAUCUUUGUUCUUCACUGAAGUGUACACUCUGCUAUUUAUAAAUGAUGUGUAAAAAAAGCAUUUUGGUCUAACUUGGACAACAAAGAACAAUAAAAAGUUGGUAUGAACUCCUGCUGCGUUCAUACACCAUUUGCAUUAUGUGGCGGUUCAUCAAAACCGUGAUUAAUUCAAGCUGUGUUUAGGAAAACUGUCUCCAUGCCAAAUUCUGUCCUCAGACCACAAACCCUGAGGGCUCCCCUGCUUGUCUCAGAAACUGACUGAGCAGAGAAUGAAUACGGAUAGGCUAGAGGUGGGCCUGAACCAAUACCCAGAUCUGAACGCUCUUGAGCUUAGGAUAUGACUUAAAUCCAAGCCCAGAUGUGGAUCUCAAUUUUGCAAAUGGCCAUUCCUCUCGAGAGAAGGCGAAACCAAAAUCCCAGAUCCAGACAUCCCGCAACCCAGUGGGAUGUUGAAGAUCUGAAUCAAAAUUAUCCUCGCCGAUACUGUUAAUGGAACUAUGCCCAUUCACACCAGCUAAAAUCGGGCCUGUAUGUGAUUAGUGUGUGUGUGUGUGUG